AUGAGCUAGCGCGUCGAAGAUACCUCUAUGGUUUUCCUCCCGUUCCUGAGUCGGGAAAUGGCCGCUGUGUAGUUACAACGGAGAUAAGUCCCGGGAACCGUCCUUCGGGGUGUCAGGAAUUUGAAUUUAGAUUUACUCUCUAAGACCAUUCUCUCCAGGAAGAAUUUACAGUAUCACAAAGACUUCACUUAAUUGCUUGAUCCUGCAUAAAACCCAAGGAGAAAAAAUGGGUCGUUCCAAUUCUAGAUCACAUUCUUCAAGAUCAAAGUCUAGAUCACAGUCUAGUUCUCGGUCAAGAUCAAGGUCACACUCUAGAAAGAAGAGAUACAGUUCUAGGUCUCGUUCCAGGACGUAUUCAAGAUCUCGUAGUAGAGAUCGUAUUUAUUCUAGAGAUUAUCGGCGAGAUUACAGAAAUAAUAGAGGAAUGAGACGACCUUAUGGGUACAGAGGAAGGGGUAGAGGGUAUUAUCAAGGUGGAGGAGGUAGAUACCAUCGAGGUGGCUAUAGACCUGUCUGGAAUAGAAGACACUCGAGGAGUCCUAGACGAGGUCGUUCACGUUCCAGGAGUCCAAAAAGAAGAUCCGUUUCCUCACAAAGAUCCCGAAGCAGAUCUCGUCGGUCAUAUAGAUCCUCUAGGUCUCCAAGAUCAUCUUCUUCUCGUUCUUCAUCCCCAUAUAGCAAAUCUCCUGUCUCUAAAAGACGAGGGUCUCAGGAAAAACAAACCAAAAAAUCUGAAGGGGAACCCCAAGAAGAGAGUCCUUUAAAAAAUAAAUCACAAGAGGAACCGAAAGAUACAUUUGAACAUGACCCAUCUGAAUCUAUUGAUGAGUUUAAUAAAUCAUCGGCCACAUCUGGUGAUAUUUGGCCUGGUCUUUCAGCUUAUGAUAAUAGUCCCAGAUCACCCCACAGUCCUUCACCAAUUGCCACACCACCUAGUCAGAGUUCAUCUUGCUCUGAUGCACCCAUGCUCAGUACAGUUCACUCUGCAAAAAAUACCCCCUCUCAGCAUUCACAUUCCAUUCAGCAUAGUCCUGAAAGAUCUGGGUCUGGUUCUGUUGGAAAUGGAUCUAGUCGCUAUAGUCCUUCUCAGAAUAGUCCAAUUCAUCACAUCCCUUCACGAAGAAGCCCUGCAAAGACAAUCACACCACAGAAUGCUCCAAGAGAUGAGGCUAGGGGACGUUCCUCAUUUUAUCCUGAUGGUGGAGAUCAGGAAUCUGCAAAGACAGGAAAAUUCUUAAAAAGGUUCACAGAUGAAGAGUCUAGAGUAUUCCUGCUUGAUAGGGGUAAUACCAGGGAAAAAGAGGCUCCAAAGGAGAAAGGAUCAGAGAAAGGGAGGGCAGAGGGAGAAUGGGAAGAUCAGGAAGCUCUAGAUUACUUCAGUGAUAAAGAGUCUGGAAAACAAAAGUUUAAUGAUUCAGAAGGGGAUGACACAGAGGAGACAGAGGAUUAUAGACAGUUCAGGAAGUCAGUCCUUGCAGAUCAGGGUAAAAAUUUUGCUACUGCAUCUCACCGGAAUACUGAGGAGGAAGGAACCAAGUACAAGUCCAAAGUUUCACUGAAAGGCAAUAGAGAAAGUGAUGGAUUUAGAGAAGAAAAAAAUUAUAAGCUUAAAGAGACUGGCUAUGUAGUGGAGAGGCCUAGCUCUACAAAAGAUAAGCACAAGGAAGACGACAAAAAUUCUGAGAGAAUAACAGUAAAGAAAGAAACUCAGUCACCUGAGCAGGUAAAGUCUGAAAAGCUCAAAGACCUCUUUGAUUACAGUCCCCCUCUACACAAGAACCUGGAUGCACGAGAAAAGUCUACCUUCAGAGAGGAGAGCCCACUUAGGAUCAAAAUGAUAGCCAGUGACUCUCAUCGUCCUGAAGUCAAACUCAAAAUGGCCCCUGUUCCUCUUGAUGAUUCUAACAGACCUGCUUCCUUGACCAAAGACAGGCUACUUGCUAGUACACUUGUCCAUUCUGUCAAGAAGGAGCAAGAAUUCCGAUCCAUCUUUGACCACAUUAAGUUGCCACAGGCCAGCAAAAGCACUUCAGAGUCAUUUAUUCAGCACAUUGUAUCCUUGGUUCAUCAUGUUAAAGAGCAAUACUUCAAAUCACCUGCAAUGUCCCUAAACGAGAGGUUCACCUCCUAUCAGAAAGCCACUGAAGAACAUAGUACCCGGCAAAAGAGCCCAGAGAUACACAGGAGAAUUGACAUCUCUCCAAGUGCCCUGAGGAAGCAUACCCGUUUAGCAGGGGAAGAGAGAGUUUUUAAAGAAGAAAUUCAAAAGGGAGACAAAAAAUUAAGGUGUGAUUCUGCUGAUCUUCGGCAUGACAUUGAUCGUCGGAGAAAAGAAAGAAGUAAAGAACGUGGGGAUUCCAAGGGCUCCAGGGAAUCCAGUGGGUCAAGAAAGCAAGAAAAAACUCCAAAAGAUUACAAGGAAUUCAAAUCUUACAAAGAUGACAGUAAACAUAAAAGCAGAGAGCAAGAUCAUUCUCGAUCUUCAUCCUCUUCAGCAUCACCUUCUUCUCCCAGUUCUCGAGAAGAAAAGGAGAGUAAGAAAGAACGAGAAGAAGAAUUUAAAACUCACCAUGAACUGAAAGAAUACUCGGGCUUUGCGGGAGUUAGCCGACCACGAGGAACCUUUUUUCGAAUUAGAGGCAGAGGAAGAGCCAGAGGAGUUUUUGCUGGGACAAAUACUGGUCCAAACAACUCAAAUACUACUUUUCAAAAGAGACCGAAGGAAGAGGAAUGGGAUCCAGAAUAUACCCCAAAGAGCAAGAAGUACUUCUUGCAUGACGACAGAGAUGAUGGUGUGGAUUAUUGGGCCAAAAGAGGAAGAGGUCGUGGUACUUUUCAACGUGGCAGAGGGCGCUUUAACUUCAAAAAAUCAGGUAGCAGUCCAAAAUGGACUCAUGACAAAUACCAAGGGGACGGGAUUGUUGAAGAUGAAGAAGAGACCAUGGAAAAUAAUGAAGAAAAGAAGGACAGGCGCAAGGAAGAAAAGGAAUAGUAAAUCUGAAGUGAGAUUGCAACAGAGAGCAGAACUUGCACCCAUUGUUUUUUUUUUUUUUUACCUGAUUUUUGUUUUCAAAUAAAGAAUGUAAGCAUUUUACUUAAAUUUUACUGUUUGCAAGUAGUCUAUAGAAACUUUGUUUUAAGUCUUCAAAGAUCUUGGAAAAAUAGUAGAUUGUAUGUUGAAAAUUGUACUGAAAUAAAGUAGAAAAUUGUUACGUACCCUAUUUGUAACUAUCAACUUUUAAGAAUACUUUUACUGUUUUUGUUACAUGCAUUGUAAUUCUGCUUUGUCUAUAAGAUAUGGUCAAGUACAACUCUGUGAAAGUUCUGAUUCUCUUCCCUCCCUGUUAAUGUUUAUGCUAAAGUAAACGUUAGCUCUACAUACAAAUUGCUGGACAGAAGUUGUUUAUAGAGACUGCACUAAUUAUUUUAACUGUAACCAUCUGUUUUAACAUUUUCCUUAAUUCAAACACACUACAUUGUAGGGUGACUAAUUUUUGAAGUGUACCACUGAAAACGUUGUUACUUUGGUAAACUAAGCUAGUUUAACCCUUCAGGAAAUGUUUAAGAAUACAAGCUAAUAAGAUUGCAAAAUAUGAGGAUUUUCUUUCUUUUUUUUUUAACUAACACAAGCAGGGGUGGCCUAUAAAAAUCACUCUUAGGAGCCUUUACUAUUUGGAUUCGAAAUUCAUUAUUCUCUUUCUAUUUUUAUUUAAAAGUUUGAGUCAUGGUCUUAGAUAGCAGCUAUUCUUUGAGAGAGGAAACUGGUUUGUAAUAAUACUACAAAUAAAAACUCCAUUCCUACCAAAUACUUUAUUUUUGAAAAACAAAAUACAACAAAACCUGUUGUUCAUGCUAGUAUGGAAGAGGAUUAUCCUGCAGAAUAACUUGAUACAUUAAAAAGAUAUACCAGAUUUUAUAUCUUACAUAUUUAUUUAAGCUUUUGGACAGCUGAAAUACGAGUUUGUUGUCUAACCAUAAGAAAAAAUAGGCGAACAACAUAUUGUUCAUUAGUAGUAUUUUACAUAACUUGUUUUUCAAAUGUCAACAAUAAUAAAAAGUUUCAACAGGAAGUUUGUUGCAGAAUUGAUAUACCUUGGUUUUUACUUUUUUUUAAAUUUCAAUUGCAUUUGUAAAAUGGCCUUUUCUUUUUUUUUUCUUCCCUAGUGUUCUAUUUUUUAGUUAGAUAAUCUUGAAAAUGGCAGUUACCUUUAUGCUUAUGCUGAUUCCUCUUUAAAGGAAUGAAAAUCCGAAAUAGUAAAUCUCAAUGUUAAGUAUGCCUGCUUUAUGAGCAUAUACAAAAGUAAUCAAAUUUUAUUCAGCAAUUAAGUUGUACAUGUUUGCAUUAAAAGGAGAUAAUGCUUAUUCUGCUAGUGUAAUCUUUUCAAGAUCUUAAGUGUAUGGCCCUUCAUUGUCUUCUGAUGAUUUGCAAUCUUUCUAGCACCUUAAUUGCGGGGGGGAGGGGCGGCGGGGGGAGGUUUGAAUUUGCUAAGAGCUAUUUGGGGGAGGGAUAGGAUGAAAACUAAGCCAAUAUGUGAUGAUUUCCUAAGAUCUUUAGUAUUGCAUGAUUUCUCCUGUUAAUUUGGCCUUUCUGAAAUUGUUAGAGCAGAGGAAAUACUGUCAAAGCAAAUAUGUGUGUCGGAUUGAUCAGGACAUCACUAAUAUUCUUCCAGUUAGAUUAAUUACACACUAAAGCUACAUGCAUUUGAUCUCCAGUACAGGAGAAUUUUCACAACCAUUUUACUUUAUACAAAUAAAUUUAGCUUUUUAAGUUAUUUUGUUAAUUACCAAAUCUGUAUGCAUGACUAUGAAGUGUGGCUGUUCUUUUCAACUUAAUAGGAAAAAAGGAAUUUCCUGAGAAAUUAUUUAAUGGGGAGUGGGAAUAAAGGUACCUAAGUCCUACUAACAGGUUUUAUUUCCAUUGCAAUACAUUGCUUUAACAUAGUCUAUGUAGGACACGGUAACUUUAUUCUUUAAACAGAAUUGAAGAAAGAACAUAACUACCAGAAUAUUAUAGGAAGGAUGAUAGCGGAUGUUAUCUUUUUCAGAACCAGGCAUAUAAGAAGUAGUCCACGUAUUUUUUUUAACCACAAUUUAAUUUUAUAUUUCGUGACAUACUGUAAAAAUCUAAUGGUUUCUCUUGUAAAGAUAACUUGUUUACAAGUGCCAGAAAAUAAUAACUCUUGAUGGCUGCAUUAACAGAUUUCCUUUUGCCUAGAGAAGGAAAAUGAAAGUGAACCAAAGGGUAUUUCCAAAGCAGAUAGCUGUUUAAGAAGGCCAUGACUCAGUCUUUAGGUGUGUAUACCUUUCAACAUCUUAGAAUUUUAAUAUAAAAAGCAAAAUAUGUUUUUCCAGUUUCAGCCAAAUUUAGGGAAUUACUAUUCCUUUUGUCACAGUUAAAAUGAAGUGUUGGGGAUUAAAUAAUUUGAGACAAAAAUAUUACCCAGUAAUAAUGAAUGUAGAUGGCUCAACAAUUCUUAGUGUGAUGUAUAAUGCAACAGGGACCCUUGUAAAUUGUCAUAUGCCAAUAAAAAUGUCGUAAGUGGUCAUA